AUGAAGUCGUCCUCCUCCGCCGCGACCGCUCCCGCCGCCGACCUCCCCAUCCCCCGGUCCUUCUCGUCCGCUCCGCCUCGACAGCUCGGCAGGAGGACGCCCCGCUCAGUCCGCACCAGCACAGCCGACGAGUGGCACCGACCACGACCGCCAGUCAACCCGCACCCUCCCACGCCCGCCAUCCCGCCGCUCCUGCGCGGCGACCGCACCUUUCGUCGUCCAGAGCUGCUCCCCGUCAGGAGCAAGCGCACCUUCAACCACCCUUCCCUCCUGUCGUACGAGCUCCGGGAACCGCGACGAGAUGGCGCACAGCGAGACGGCCUCCAGACGUACGAGCGCAACGACAUCUUGGGCCGAGCGCUCGUCGAGUACUGCAUCAAGGAGCUCCUUAUCGACGAGAUCCCAUCCAUAUCGGCGCAAGCUCUCGAGGGUGCAACCCGUCGGCUCAUGAGCACCGACGUCCUGUCCGAGCUCGCCGUCAGCUACGAGCUCGUCUCGCGCCUGCAAGCCGACCCGAUCGCCCUCGACAUGAUCGCUGCCGACCCGGCCGUGCACGCCUCGCUCUUCUACUCGUACGUCGCCAGCGCCAAGGUCGAGCACAGCAUGGAGGUCGCCCGCAACUGGGUCCGCAAGUGCUUCCGCUCGGUCCUGACGACCGAGUACCCGCGGUGGCGGGCCGACGACGAGGCGCUUGAGCGGCAGAGCGAGGGCGACACGCCCCUGUACCACUUCCAGCAAUACUGUCGGCAGCGUGGCUACAGCCCGAGGUGGACUGUCUCGUCCAAAGGCGGCGUCGGCGAGCGUGUCUUCAAGGCCGAGGUCGAGUUUGGCACCCUGUCGGCCGUCGGCUCGGGCAGGUCGAUCAAGCUCGCCAAGCAGAACGCCGCCGCCCUCGCGCUCAAGCUCCACGACCCGCUCCCCGAACCCGGCCUUGAUCCCGGACCUGUCGUCGCCUACACGCGGCGCCUUCACUUCUAUGCGGCGGCUCACGGUCUCGCCGCACCCGUCUUCGAGACCGUCGCCGUCACCCCGCCGCUGUACGAGGCGCGCGCCACGUUCGAGGGCCACAAGUACGUCGCGCGAGGCGAGGGCGCCCCUGCGGCGCGCAGCGAGGUGGCCAAGGCCGUUUUCGAGGCGAUUGGGGUGGAUCCGGCAGGCUGGACGAAGGAGCACGAGGCGACCAAGAGAGGUAGAGCCGGUCGCAGGACGUAGAGGCGAGAAGAUGCAGCGGUGCUCGAGUCGAGCGAGGAGGCUCGUGGCGGCGAGGAGGGCACGCGGUCUUGUGAGGCAACGCGAGAGUCCCUCUUCUACUCAGAU